GCACCGAUCAUGAGUUUGCUUCUGCUGACCAAGCCCACCUCCUAUUGCAAGUCAACCAACCAUGUGUGGACGAUAUGCCCUAGGUCUGCAGCGUACUGAAAUACGCGCUUUACCCGGAUAUCCCAAUCUUGAAAUUGGUGAAUGGGUGAACGAAGACGAUUUCGUGCCCCACUACAACAUUGCACCAAACUCUCUGGCGCCUGUUAUUCGCAGGUGUAACGCUUCUUCACCCGACCUUCAAAUGCAGACCAUGCGAUGGGGCAUCCCUUAUGGUAAAGUUCAUGCGAAAAGUCAACAAGCCAUCAAUGCACGCUCGGAAAGCAUCAUGGAAGGCGCAGGGAUGUGGAACAAAUACCGAAGCAGUAAUCGCUGUGUUGUUGUUAGCCAGGGGUACUACGAGUGGCAGACAAAGGGCAAGGCCAAGCUUCCUCACUUCACGAAAUAUGCUGAUGGGAAGGUGAUGCUUAUGGCUGGACUUUAUCACGUCUCAGACGAAACCAUUCCAAAUUAUGUUUUUGCUAUAAUUACAACGAGCGCCAGCACAUCACUUAGUUGGCUGCACGACCGCCAACCUGUUAUUCUUACAUCUGACGCCGAUGUCACUAAGUGGCUCGAUACAAGUUCAAAUGCUUGGGCCGCCGAACUCGGCAAUCUGUUACGACCGGCUGGGGGCCUAAUAUGCUAUCAAGUUCCAAAGGAAGUCGGAAAAGUUGGUGCCGAGUCUCCCACCUUUAUCCAGCCCGUUGCGAUGCGCAAAGACGGUAUUGAGGCUAUGUUUGCAAAGCAAAGCACCAAACAAGGGGGAAAUAAGGAGGGCAUCAAGCGCAAGCGCAGUCCAUCUCCAGUCAUAUCAUCAGUGCAUUCUGAACCAGCCGGGGAGAGGGAUGAGAGUCAUAAGACAGAGUGCAAGAAGCUUAAAGUUGAAUAAUUUGUUGCAGGCAUACCACGCCGUAUUAUCACAGUAUUUGUGGCGCACAGUUGCAUAUCUACAGUAUGUCAUAACCCUAACCCUGAUUCAUGAGGCAAAGGUUGCUUGGCACUGCUUGCCAGCGCUCGGAUUC